AUGCAUUUCAUCUCUCUAAUUGCCUUCUCUUUCACGGCAACUAUUACAGCUGCCGGUGCCUACCCCAUCACUGGCGAUGAUGUCAAUUGUCGCUCUGGGCCUGGAACUAGCUACGCAUCUGUGAAGACAUACAAGAAAGGCCAAGAUGUCAAAAUCUCCUGCCAAACCCCUGGCACUGAGAUAUUCGGCAACAGCAUCUGGGACAAGACCUCCGACAACUGCUAUGUGUCUGAUUACUACGUGAAAACUGGGAGCUCAGGCUAUGUCACCACCAAGUGUGGGAGCAGUGGCGGCGGCGGUAGCACCGGAGGGAAAGCGAUCAUCGCCGCGGCAGAGACACAGAAGGAUCUUCCCUAUGUUUGGGGCGGUGGUGGAUGUAGAGGUCCUUCGGGCGGUGGCUUCGACUGUUCUGGACUGACGCAAUACGCAAUUUGCAAGGCGUUGAAGAUUACGAUUGCUCGUGUCGCGCAGGAUCAGUAUGACUCUGGCUUGGGCAAGCGUUAUCCGCGCUCGCAGGCUAAGCCUGGUGAUCUUUUGUUCUGGGGUACUGGAGGUGACUGCAAGACAAAAGUUGUCCAUGUUGGUAUUUUCAUUAAGGAUGGCCUCAUGAUCAAUGCGGCUAGAACGGGGACGCCAGUGAGAGAGCAGGCUAUAUGGACUUCCUACGGCGGAGAGAAAAUUUGCCCGGAAGUUAUGAGUGAAGUGAACGAAAAAGGACCCCGGUGCCGGGAUUCCCAAUCAGUUCGCGGCCUCUGCCCUCACGCUGAUUGGAUCACCUCCCCGGAACCGGGAUCCGAAGUAUUGAAGUCGGGGAUAUCUGAACCUGGCCAACUUCCCAAACCACAUGGUACGGAGAAUAAGUGCGAUCUGAUAAUGAAGACCAGCAUGGCUUCGCAGACUGAGGCCGACGAGGCCAAGGACCCGGAACCACCGCGCGAGGUCCAGUAUUCGCAGUUCACCGUCAACACCAAACGCUAUGUCGUGGCCAUGGGAUCCCUGGCGAGCUUCUUUUCACCCCUGUCGUCUAGUAUUUACCUGCCAGCCUUGACCACCAUUGCUGACGAUUUACACGUCUCGAUCUCCCGGGUCAACUUGACCGUCACCACCUACCUGAUCAUGCAGGGCGUGGCUCCUAUGUUUACAGCAGGGUUCUCCGACUCCGCGGGCCGCCGACCUGCCUACAUCCUCUGCUUCACCGUGUACCUCGCCGCCAACCUCGGCCUGGGCCUACAAAACAGCUAUGCCGCCAUUCUUGUCCUCCGAUGCCUCCAAAGUGCAGGUAGCAGUGGAACUGUGGCACUAGCAAAUGGACUGGUAGGUGAUAUGAUCACUUCAGCCGAGCGUGGCUCUUACGUUGCCUUUGCUUCAAUCGGGAGCAUGCUCGGCCCAUCACUGUCCCCAAUCAUCGGCGGUCUAAUCAGCCAAUACACCGACUGGCACUGGAUCUUCUGGUUCCUAUUAAUCCUCGGCGGUGUCUUCUUUCUUUUCCUUGUGCUGUUCCUUCCUGAAACAUGUCGCAAAGUUGUAGGUGACGGCUCGAUCCCACCACCCCCAUUGAACAACUCGGUCGUGGACGUGAUUCGCCAUCGCAGACGCAAGGCGCAGGGCCUUAUACCCAACCCGGAAGAGGAAGCUGAGGUUCGAAGAAACUAUUCUCUUCGCUUCCCAUCACCUAUGCCAACCUUCAAGAUUCUCUCGGACUUCGAGACAUCUGCAAUCCUCCUCACUACGGCACUGUUGUUUGCUGGCUUCUACGCUGUGAUGACUGGGGCCUCCACCUCUUUUCAUACGAUCUACAAGUUCAACAGUCUCCAAGCUGCUUUGAUGUAUCUUCCUAUCGGGGCCGGCGGCGUGAUGUCAGCUUUUACAACCGGUCGACUGGUGGACUGGAACUACCGCCGUCACGCACGGCGUGCAGGCUUGCCUGUUGUCAAGAAUGUACGCCCCGAUAUUAGCAACUUCAACAUCGAGCGUGCCAGGCUGGAAGUCGCCCUGCCAUACUACUACAUCAGCAACAUUGCGAUGGUGGCAUAUGGAUGGGUCAUGGGACGGAAGGUUCAUAUUUCUGCGCCUGUCAUCUUGCUUUUCAUUACUGGAUGGGCUCUCAUUGGUACUUCGCAGGUACUGAAUGUGUUGAUGGUUGACCUUUGGCCCGGCAAGUCGGCAACAGCAACGGCAGCAAACAAUCUAUUCCGCUGUGAGCUUGGUGCGGCAGCUUCAGCUGCAAUUAGCCCAAUGGCUUCGGCGAUGGGUCAGGGCUGGGCGUACACCACACUCGCGCUGAUCUCCAUCGCGGUUUCCCCGUUUUUGUGGGUAGUCGCUGUGAAGGGAAUCAAGUGGCGUCAGAAGAGGAAUCGAAAGGAAGAGGAAAAAGCAUCGUCUGCAAAAGCUUAG